AUGUUUUUAACAAGAAGCGAAUAUGACCGUGGAGUCAGCACAUUUUCCCCGGAAGGACGACUUUUCCAAGUUGAGUACUCGUUGGAAGCCAUCAAACUAGGGUCUACCGCUAUCGGUAUUGCCACAUCUGAGGGUGUUGUCCUGGGGGUAGAAAAAAGAGUCACUUCUCCUUUGCUGGAGGGAGACUCCAUCGAAAAAAUAGUGGAAAUUGAACGUCAUGUUGGCUGUGCGAUGAGUGGUCUUACGGCUGAUGCUCGUUCAAUGAUCGAGCACGCCCGUGUUUCAGCAGUAACACACAACCUAUACUACGACGAAAACAUCAGCAUCGAAUCUUUGACACAAUCGGUUUGUGACCUGGCACUCAGAUUCGGUGAAGGUGCCUCUGGAGAAGAAAGGCUGAUGUCGAGACCUUUUGGUGUAGCGCUUCUGAUUGCUGGAUACGAUACUGAACAAGGCUAUCAGCUGUUCCAUGCUGAACCUUCGGGAACUUUCUACAGAUACAACGCCAAAGCUAUAGGUUCGGGGUCUGAGGGUGCGCAGUCCGAGCUACAAAACGAAUGGCAUUCUUCCCUCACUCUAAAAGAGGCAGAGCUUCUAGUCCUCAAGAUUUUAAAGCAAGUAAUGGAAGAAAAACUAGACGAAGACAACGCCCAGCUAAGUUGCAUCACAAAAGAUGAGGGAUUUCAGGUAUACAGUAACGAAAAGACAGCUUCAAUUAUUCAGGAGCUGAAGGAAAAGGAAGCUCAGCAGAGCUCCGAGAUUCCCGACGUUGAGAUGAGUACGUAG